GCGCGGCCUGGAAGGCGGGCGGCGGGCGACAAGAGCGGCUUUUGGGAGCCCGAGUUUCACACCGGCGGCGGCGGCGGCUCGUCGUUCCUGAACUGAGAGCCGGACAGCAAGCCCCAGAGUUCACGAUUUCAAGAACUAUGCUAACAUGUAAUGCAGCGUGAGUCAGAGAAAGGAAGGGCCCUGCGACGCAGGGCCUGAUUGUUGGCAAUGACAUCGAUAACAGGCUGGCAUUUAUUUCUGUCAUAACCAGCUACUUUAUAGCUGUGAAGAGUAACUAUGCCUAUUUGUUGGUCAGCCAAACCAAGGAACAAGAGCUAUGGCCGUUGAAAAAGUCUGUCCGAUUCCAGGAUAUGUUUCCUGGGUUUCAUCAUCAGGGACCUCCUCCUUUUCAUCUCAUCAACAAUGUGGUACCUUUUACCAUUUGACAAAGAUUAAGGACAUGUUCUCUGGUCAACAGCCAGAACUGAAAAUCUGCUGGAAUAGGGUCAGAGACCAUUUCAAUUACAGCUGAGGAAAAUGAAAUUUCCAUUUUAUUUGGUGCCUUGUACAGGGAGCACACUCACUCUUAUGGAAACCUGUGAGUAAAAAGAGAUUGAGUUUUGUCUAACACAAACUCACGGUUAUGGCGAGUGACCCAACGUGAUCAGAGGGGGCAAGAGCCACAGAGGAACUCAUGACAAGCUAUACCAUGUUGCGGAAUGGGGGAGUGGGGAAUGGAGGUCAAACCUGGAUGUUACGGUGGUCCAACCGUAUCCGACUCACGUGGCUCAGUUUUACACUCUUCAUCAUUCUGGUUUUCUUCCCCCUCAUUGCUCACUACUAUCUCACCACUCUGGAUGAGGCUGAUGAGGCCGGCAAGCGGAUUUUUGGCCCACGGGCUGGUAACGAGCUGUGUGAGGUAAAGCAUGUGCUGGAUCUUUGCCGAAUCCGUGAAUCUGUAAGUGAAGAGCUCUUGCAGCUGGAAGCCAAGAGGCAAGAGCUCAACAGUGAAAUUGCCAAGCUGAACCUGAAGAUUGAAGCCUGUAAGAAGAGUAUUGAGAAUGCGAAACAGGACCUCCUUCAACUUAAGAAUGUCAUUAGCCAGACUGAACAUUCUUACAAGGAGCUGAUGGCCCAAAAUCAGCCCAAACUUUCUCUGCCCAUCCGAUUGCUCCCAGAGAAGGACGAUGCUGGCCUUCCUCCCCCAAAGGUCAUACGGGGUUGCCGACUGCACAAUUGUUUUGAUUAUUCUCGCUGCCCUCUCACCUCUGGAUUUCCAGUCUAUGUUUAUGACAGUGACCAGUUUGCCUUUGGCACCUACCUGGAUCCGUUGGUCAAGCAGGCUUUUCAGGCUACAGCACGAGCCAGCGUCUAUGUUACAGAAAAUGCAGACAUUGCCUGCCUCUAUGUGGUAUUAGUGGGAGAGAUGCAGGAGCCAGCAGCGUUGCGGCCUGCUGAACUUGAGAAGCAGUUGUAUUCUCUACCACACUGGCGGACAGAUGGACACAACCAUGUCAUCAUCAACCUGUCACGGAGGUCAGAUACGCAGAACUUGCUAUAUAAUGUCAGCACAGGCCGUGCCAUGGUGGCCCAGUCCACUUUCUAUGCUGCCCAGUACAGACCUGGCUUUGACUUGGUAGUGUCGCCACUAGUCCAUGCCAUGUCAGAGCCCAACUUCAUGGAAAUCCCACCACAGGUGCCAGUUAAGCGCAAAUAUCUCUUCACCUUCCAGGGUGAGAAGAUUGAGUCACUGAGAUCCAGCCUUCAGGAGGCCCGCUCCUUCGAAGAAGAAAUGGAGGGUGACCCCCCAGCCGACUAUGAUGAUCGUAUCAUUGCCACCCUAAAGGCCGUGCAGGACAGCAAGCUCGAUCAGGUCCUGGUAGAAUUUACCUGCAAAAACCAGCCUAAACCCAGUCUGCCUACUGAGUGGGCACUGUGUGGGGAGCGGGAAGACCGCUUGGAAUUACUGAAGCUUUCCACCUUUGCCCUCAUUAUCACUCCUGGGGACCCUCACUUGGUUAUUUCAUCUGGGUGUGCAACACGGCUUUUCGAAGCCCUGGAAGUCGGUGCUGUCCCAGUCGUGCUGGGGGAGCAAGUACAGCUUCCUUACCAGGACAUGCUGCAGUGGAAUGAGGCAGCCCUGGUGGUGCCCAAGCCACGUGUUACCGAGGUCCACUUCCUGUUACGAAGUCUCUCGGAUAGUGACCUACUGGCUAUGAGGCGGCAAGGCCGCUUUCUCUGGGAGACUUACUUCUCGACUGCGGACAGUAUUUUCAAUACUGUGCUGGCUAUGAUUAGGACUCGCAUACAGAUCCCAGCUGCUCCCAUCCGGGAAGAGGCAGCAGCUGAGAUCCCUCAUCGGUCAGGCAAGGCGGCUGGAACUGACCCCAACAUGGCUGACAAUGGGGACCUGGACCUGGGGCCAGUGGAGACUGAGCCUCCAUACGCCUCGCCCAAAUACCUCCGCAACUUUACCUUGACUGUCACAGACUUUUACCGCAGCUGGAACUCUGCUCCGGGACCUUUCCAUCUUUUCCCCCACACACCCUUUGAUCCUGUGUUACCCUCUGAGGCCAAAUUCUUGGGCUCAGGGACUGGAUUUCGGCCAAUUGGUGGUGGAGCUGGGGGUUCUGGCAAGGAGUUUCAGGCAGCACUUGGAGGCAAUGUUCCACGGGAGCAGUUCACAGUCGUGAUGUUGACUUAUGAGCGGGAGGAGGUGCUUAUGAACUCUUUAGAGAGAUUGAAUGGCCUCCCCUACCUGAACAAGGUAGUGGUGGUGUGGAAUUCUCCCAAGCUACCAUCAGAAGACCUUCUGUGGCCUGACAUCGGCGUCCCCAUCAUGGUGGUCCGUACUGAGAAGAACAGUUUGAAUAAUCGAUUCUUGCCCUGGAAUGAAAUUGAGACAGAGGCCAUCCUGUCUAUUGAUGAUGAUGCUCACCUCCGCCAUGAUGAAAUCAUGUUUGGGUUUCGGGUGUGGAGAGAAGCCCGGGACCGCAUUGUGGGCUUUCCUGGCCGGUACCAUGCGUGGGACAUCCCUCAUCAGUCCUGGCUCUACAACUCCAACUACUCCUGUGAGCUGUCCAUGGUGCUGACAGGCGCUGCCUUCUUUCACAAGUAUUACGCCUACCUGUACUCUUACGUGAUGCCCCAGGCCAUCCGAGAUGUGGUGGAUGAAUACAUCAACUGUGAGGACAUCGCCAUGAACUUCCUGGUCUCCCACAUCACUCGGAAACCCCCCAUCAAGGUGACCUCACGGUGGACUUUCCGAUGCCCAGGAUGCCCUCAGGCCCUGUCCCACGACGAUUCCCACUUUCACGAGCGGCACAAGUGUAUCAACUUUUUUGUCAAGGUGUAUGGCUACAUGCCCCUGCUGUACACUCAGUUCAGGGUGGACUCUGUGCUCUUCAAGACCCGCCUGCCCCACGACAAGACCAAGUGCUUCAAGUUCAUCUAGGGGCAUGGCCAGUUCAGGGCGGGGAGGAGCAACAGGAAGGGGCGGCUCCUCAGGUUCCUGUCAUUGAAGGGCCUCAGGGGCAUCCACCGUGUGGGCGGCCCAGACCCUCUGCUAGGCGAGGCAGCAGGAGGAGUGGAAAGGAAGGGCCUGCCUUUCUCUGCAAGGUGGUCACACUGGGCCUGGAACCUGGGCCGGACGACGCUGGGUUCCCUCACAGGGCACUGACUGAGAGCCUGCACUGAGGACGCGGGGGCUUGGGGAAGGCCCUCACAUGGCUCAUAGCCCGGGGAGCUGGUUUUUAAAUUCAGUAACAACUAUUAUUAUUUAAAAAGUUUCAGAUUUGCCAUUCAAGGCUUAUUUAUAUAUGUGUGUAUAUAUAUGUGUAUAUAUACACACACACACACUCACAUACAUAUACAUAUAUAUAUAUUUGGGGGGAAUUUGAAAUUUCUGCCUGUCUCACCAAGUGAGGGACCCACCAAAGCUCCUGAUGCCCUGCCUUUGGCGGAGAUGGAGCCUGGCCUUACGGUACUUGGCUCAUCCUUCAGUGUCAUCUCCAUCCUCCCAGGGGGCAUCUUUGUGCAGAAACAAGAAGGGCUGGGCUGGCCCUCUUUCGGGCCCUGGACGAGAUAAAACCUGUCGGUGUGCUCCGUCCUGUCUGCCACCACCCAGCCACCUGUACCUCACGUCUCCUCUCCUGAGUCCUUGGGGGGACCUGUGUCUUUGGGGACGGUUGAGCUUCCUUGGCUGGAUCAGUGGCGUCUGAAGAGUUGCCAUUAGGUCGCGCUGUCCCCGACUUGUCCCUGCUCUCCCGGUCUCCUCCUCGUUGGAAGCAGAACGAGGAAGGAAGGAGACCCAAAGGCAGCUCUCCCAAACGGCUCUUGUCCAGCCCUCCGUUUCAACACGUGCUUUGGCUUCCGGCUCUCCUGAGGGUUGUCCCUUGGGGGGAGAAUGGAACACGGCAGGCUGCCCUUCCAGGUGUGGUCUGAUGUGGUUUGCGGGUUGGCUUUCUCUCUGGGACGGAGAGCAAGCGAGCCUCCUUUGCGCCUCCCCACCCGGCUGGCCGGUGAGUCUUAACACAAGGCACCUGCCUUGGCGUAAAUACCUUGGUGAAAUUCACCUUCCCCUCUGCCCUUGUCCGGACCUGCAUUGUGUGUUACCUGUAGUUUUUGGAUCCCUAAUGCCUGGUUGGUUCCAGAACACCCUGAGGUUUGGUAUGUGCCAGAACAAUCGGAGGACGUGAUCUGUUAUGUUCAGCUCAAAUCCAGCCUGACAAUUUCACAGGCAUUUUCACCCCAUGUUACCUCUCGGAUUUCGAUUUCUAUUUUCUGGGCUGAAAUGGAAAUAAGCUAAUUUUUCUUGUGGUGGUGGUGGUGGUGGUGGUGGUGGUGGUAGGAGAACCGGAGAGGCUGUUAGUGGCAUGUGGCAGGGAUGUAGCCCAUGACUUCCGCCAUUUUUCUGGACCCCACUUUCUUCCAGUGAAGUUGAGUGUGGCUGGUUUUCUGCAGCUGGACAAAAGCUCAGGUCUGCCCUGGUCAUGCACAUGCCUUAAACCAUCUCCGUCUUCCCCAGACCCGGCAUCCUGUGCUUCUGUCUGUUUCUUGGGGGCACAUUCUGCUGUGAUCUCCCUGUCCCAGCGGUUCAAGUGUCAUUUUGAAGGCAGGCUCUGUCCUGUAGAUACCACCCACCUGCAGGGCUUGCCUGACCGCAAGGACCUCUCCGUGGGCAAGCGGGACGCGGGCUGCAGGCCGUGUGGUCCCCCUGGGGAGCACACUGGCUCCUCCCCGCAGCCGCCCUGCAGCUCCCCUGCGGAGGUGGCUGCCUAGGAAAUGGCGUUGUGCUUCUCAGCAGCCCAGCCAAGGACCCAGACUCCCUGCAUCCUAACUUUCUAACACCCUGUCCUUGACUUCUGACUUCAUUCUUUUUAGCAGUAGCCUUCUUCCCUCUGGGAAGCCAAAGAGUGUGGUGUUUUGAGCAAUGUAUGUGGCUGCUAUUUUUAUCUUGUUUUUUCCAUGUGAGGAGCUCAUGAACUGCCCUUCGGUGGGACCUGGUGAGAAAGGAGCGGUCUCUGUCAGGAUCGCUGUAGCGGCGCCAGGUUGCGGACCGGGGUGAGGUUCGUAGAUCCAGGAGUAGCUGCGUGGUCUGAGGUGAGAGAACGCCAGUGGGCGCUGUAGGGAAGGCUGGGAUGUUGGAGCUUCAAACAAGGAUAGCACCGUGUGGACCUGAAUGGACACGGACACCAAGGACCCUGAACGGCAGGCCCUGGUGACACGUCACGGGAACAGCCGUGUUCCGUGACACGCCUCAGAAGCAGGAAGCGGGGCGGUCGGAUCUCUCAGGCCGCGUGGUUAGGCGCUCCUGGAGCCUGGCUGCAGGGUGUGCACGGCAGCUUAGGGACGGGCCCAGCUCCGUGCUCAGAAUGCCUUUGGUGCUGCUCAGUCACCUUGGGAAACCCGGAUGUCGCCUACACCACCUGCGACUCGGUGGAACACGAAAACAGCUCUGAAGACCCACCAGGGUCUCCUCGGCCGUCCGAACGUAACGCCUGGUCACCCGGCCUUUGCUCCCAGGGCCCCGGGCGGGCGUCCUUGCUCUCCAGGUAGCCGGUGGGCUCCUCCCGUGAGGGGCCGCCCCCUACGCGUGCACCUCCCCAGGGGCUCGGCAGGCGGUCCUGAGCUCCUGCGCCUCGGGCAGUGCCCUCUCUGUGUCGCGGCUGCACCUCCAGCAGGCGUGCGCCCCGAGCCGGCGGGGCCCUGUCCGUGGGGAUGGGGCAGCCGAGCCUCCUGGGGCUGCCUGCCGCGUGCUCGUGCUCGGGGAGCGCCGGUUCGGAAUGAUGGGAUCCUGAAGGGGACGCUGUCCGACACCCCUGCCACGUCCGCCCGCCCACUCCUUUUCCAGUCCUGAGCACAAUGAUCUG